GCGAGCUGCGGGCUCGGCCGGGAGAGGGAGCCCGGCGAGGCGCAGGCGGAGGGCGGCCGGGCCAGGCGAGGCGAGGCGAGGCGAGUGGGGCGCGCGGCGAGGGUGGCCGCCUGGCCGGAGGGUCUCUGCCCCGAGGCGGCGGCUGGGCGCCCCUUCGCAGGGCUUGAGCCGGCUCGCCCGCCCGCCACCGACUGGGACGAGCGCUGGAGCCGGGCGCUGACCGGGCGGCGGGGAGAUGCCGGAGGCGGGCGGCCAGUUGCUGCCCCGGCCGGAGGGCGAAGUGCGGCUGAUGGUGUGCAGGGUCCACCCCGGCCCCUCGGCCCGCCCGGGCGCCGCGCUGCGCAAGACCCUGGUGGCCCUCGACGUCGUCUGCCUGCUCGCCGCCUCCAUGCCCUUCUUCCUCUGCGAGGUCGGCCUGGUCUCCCCCGUGCGCCAUGGCUUCUUCUGCAACGACAGCAGCAUUAGCUACCCACUGCUGCACACGGAGACCAUCAGCGACUCUGUGCUCAUCUCAGUGGGAAUCCUCAUCACCUCUCUAGCGGUCACCCUCGGUGAAAGCUACCAUGUGCACUACUUCCCCCACAGUUCGCACUCCAUCGUCCGCAAUCCUUAUGUGGUUGCACUGUACAAGGAGAUUGGGGCCUUCCUCUUUGGCUGCACGGUGGGCCAGUCGCUCACUAACAUGGCCAAGAUGUCUGUGGGUCGCCUCCGCCCGCAUUUCCUGGCUGCGUGCCGGCCCAACUUCACUCACCUUAACUGCUCUGCAGGAUACAUAGAAGACUACCACUGCACUGGCAGCCCGUCUGCCGAGAAGGAGGCGAGAAAGUCGUUCUACUCGGGCCACGCCUCCUUUGCCAUGUAUUCCAUGAUGUACCUGGUGUUUUACCUGCAGGCCCGCUUCACCUGGCGGGGCGCUCGGUUACUCCGGCCGUUGGUCCAGUUCGUUCUCUUGAUGCUGGCCUUAUACACAGGGCUGACCCGCAUCUCUGACUAUCGGCACCACCCGUCAGAUGUAGCUGUGGGACUGCUUCAGGGAGCUCUCGUGGCCUACUGGGUGGCCUUCCGUGUUUCCAGCAUGUUCCACCACAAGGACCGGCCCCGCUGCCUGCCCACCACCAUCUUGGACAGUCCCAGCUCAGACGGCCACACCGAUUGCUAGGGGCGGACGUGUGUGUGUGUGACCAGCGCACAGGUGCUGCCUGCUCACGGAGGGGGAGGGGCACUCUCAGUUUGGCUGGAUUGGUGCGUCUGCAGAAAACCAGUGCCCUUCUAUAACCAGCCGUCCCAGUUCUCUGGUGUCUACUGCCGAACACCUAGGCACGGAAUGGAACAGAUGGGGGAGGGGGUACCAUGCCACUUUCUAGGGGGACACUAGGGAAUGGUUUCCUUGCUGAUACGCUGGUGUGUCUCCUGAAGCAGCUGCCAGGGACACCAAAAAGGAGACACUGGGGUACUUCUGUGCCAGGGCCAAAGGGCUCUCCAUCCUCGAAGGGAACCGUCCACUUCUUCGAAAACCGAAACACUGAAGCCAUUUUCUACCUCCUCAUGAGCUUUUCCUCUGCGCACGGAUGCGCAGCUCCCAUCUCUGCUGACUCGGGCUGCUCUUGCAUGAUACUCACACAGGCAGCUCCAGAAGAGGAAACACCUGUUUGAGGGGAUUUGAAAAUACUGUGUGCCCCAGACUGCCCAGCUCAGAGGACAAACAUACCCUGGCGCUCGAUCGACGUGCCUUGCCUGCUUGCGCGCCCUGCAGAAACGAACACAUGAAGGAAUGAACCACACGCUCUUGCAAGGGGGGGGUCUAGAAUGUCCAUGUUUGCCUCCACCCGCCUUUCCACCUCCCGUAAUGUGAAUGGCAUUUUUGUAAUAAAUGGUACUGACAAUC